AUGAACAGGGGUAGAUCAGCAUCAAAUGGGUCAGUUAGUGCAUUAAUCAACAAUUUAAAUAAAAAUAAACAACCUAGUAAUGAUACAGUUACUCCACAGAGAAAAAUGACAGGAGUUUCUAAUAUGAUUUCAAAAUUUAAUAGUAAUGAUAGUAGCAAUAACUCACCAAUAACAUCAAAUUCUAGCACACCUACAACAAACUCACCUCCAGUUGUUCCACCAAGAUCACUAAAUACAACCAAUAAUAAUAAUGAUUCUAAUAUUAAAGGAACUCUAACACCAAGCUACACAUCAAAUAACCCUAUAUUAAAAACACCAAUAUCUCCAGUUAGUUUAUCAGCUCCUACCUCUUCUGUAUCUGUAUCACCACUACCACUAUCACCAAGAGGCACUAUUAAGCCCUCCCCACCUCCAAGAUGUCUAUCCCCAACACCACCACAACCACAAUCAGCCUAUACAACACCAACUUUAUCUCCUACAACAAAUAGUAGCAAUAAAUUACCUCCAAGACCAUGGUCACCACAACCACAAAAUAAUAAUGAUAGACCAUUACCACCUAGACCAUGGUCACCACAGCCUCAAAACAAUAAUAAUAACAAUAAUAUCGAUAGUAAUACAAAUAGACCCUUGCCACCUAGACCAUGGUCACCACAACCCCAACCACCACAACCCAACAAUAUAAAAACUGUAUCACCACCAAAAUCACCAACUAUUUCGCCACCAACCUCACCAACUAUUUCACCAAGUAAUUCAUCUACAAAUUUAAUACCACACAAAGGAAAUAGUAAUAGCUCAUUAACAAUUAGUGUUACUACACCACCUCAAGUUUCAAAAAGAUUACAUUCUACACCAGAGCCAAUGAAUACAAAUCAAAUUCCAACAACAGCAGCAGCAACCAAAACAACAUAUAACCUGUCACAACCAAAUGCAAGUACAAUGCCUCCACCAACCACAACAACAAGUAAACCAUCAUUACCACCAAGACCAUGGAGUAUUAAUACUGGUAACACUAGUCCAUCAAAUAGCAGAGAGAAUAGUAGUAACAAUAUAACAUCCAAUAACCAAUCCCCAACAACCUCACCUGUAACAACAUCAACUACACCCGUUAAACCAUUACCAAAAAUUUCAAAACCCCCACUCCCAAAACCAUCUACCAUAUCCAAUAAUAAUAAAACUGAAGAAAAACAAGAGGCAAGCUUAAGUGCAAGCAAUUUAGAUACUCCAAUUACAUUCAGUGAUAUUAGAACAACGAGACAAAAAACUUUAACAAGAAAGCAAGCAACAAUGAAACUUAAGGAUGGAGAUAGCAGUCCAAGCAAUAAUAUUGUUGAAAGCAAUAGUAGCAGUGAAAUUAGUGAACUAGCUAGCAGUGUUGGUAGUAUAGGUGAUGAUAUUGCAACUGAUUCUUCCAGUAGAAAUAAUAGUGCAGAUGAUUUAGAAAUAACAAAUACAAGCAACACAAACAACAUUAAUAUAGAGAAUAAUAAUAACAAUAAUACAAACAAUAACAAUAACAAUAACAAUAAUACAACCUCCAAAGAAAAAGAAAGCAGUACGUCAUCACUAACAAGUUUUAUAUCAUCACACAAAAAGAAAGGUUCAUUUUUAUUCAAUAAUUCAAAUGCAACAUUAAGAAGAGAGCAGACAUUAGAUUUAAAGGGUGUUUUAAUGGAAAAAAUUCAAGAAAAACAUAAUCAAAUGCUUACAAACUCAACCAGGAAAUCCAAAUUACCACCAAUUAACCAAUCAACAUCUGUUAACAAAGUUAUUAAUGAAAUCAUUGAAACAGAGGCAGACUAUUUAGAUGAUCUAGAAGUUAUUAUAAAUCUUUAUUUAUUUGCAGCCAUCGAAUUGAACAAAUAUAGAAUAUUAAGUGACUCUGAUAUAUUCCAUGUAUUUUCAAAUGUCGAAGAGCUAUACCAUAUUUCAUUAAAAUUAUACCCAAUGCUAUUAAAAACCAUACCAUUAUUAGAAAACAAUCAAUACCCAAAUAUUGAAGAAAUAUUUUUAUAUAAUUCCAAAGCAUUUCAAAGAUAUGGAUUUUAUUUAUCAUCACAAGAAAAUUCAAUUAGGGUUUUAAAUGGUUUAAUAGAUAGCAAUCAAGUUAUACAAUCAAUUUUUCAAUAUGUAAAAUCAUUAUCGCUAUGUAAGCAACUAGACCUACAUUCAUUUUUAAUUAAACCAUGUCAAAGACUUUGUAAAUAUCCAUUAUUGCUAAGAGAAUUAAAGAAAUCAGUCCCAGAAAGUGAAGAGGCUCAUCAUAAAAAUUUUGAAAGAAGUGUAAAAUUAAUGGAAAAGAUUGUAAAUGAUAUUAAUGGCAAAAUUAGUAAUGAUGAAAAAAUUCAAUCAAUUAUUAAAGAAAUUGGUAAUAUCUCAAAAGAAAACGAAUCUUUAUUAUGGAACCAAACAUUUAUAAAGGAUUCUAAAAUGAGAAAAGCAUUCAAAAAGAAAAAAGGUUAUAAAGAUGUUACGGUGUAUUUAUUAAGUCAAAUUAUUUUAAUUUUUGAAAAGAGCACAUUCAAGAAAAAACUUAUAAUCAUACCAUUAUCAAAAAUUAAUAGUGUUAACGAUAUCGAAAGAGAACAUCAAUUUGGAGUUGGAAUAAAUUAUAACAAAGAAGAUAACAGCACUCAUAAUGUUUCUUUAGCCUGUGAUAACUAUAGCCACAAACUACUAUGGAUUAAUGAUAUAGAUGAAACCAUUCAAACAUUCAAGGUAUUAAAUGGAACCUAUCUUUAUGUAACCUCAGAUCUUCAAAAUAAUUCUGGUGAAUCCAACUCACCAACAUCAAUAUCAGCAUCAAACUCCUCUUCAUCAAUAGCAUCAAUGUAA